AUGGCGACACCGGUUGAGAAGAAGACGUCCGCGAUAGCCGGCGACCGCAUCUGCAACGCCGUCUCCUUCCCCACCCCGCACCACCCGUUAUCUAUAGAUGCAUCGAGACUCUUCGUUUAUGGUCCUCUCUACAACGGGUGGAGAAUUGAUGCCUGUUUACGGAGAGUUUGUCGUCAGCAAACUGCCUGCAGAGGCCCAGCAAACUGCCUGCCGUCUCUCUCCUCAGAACCCCUACCUUUUCCCGACCCCAAGGUUGAUCGGCUGGGCUCCUUCCGAGGCCUUCUUGGCUUUGCCGCGACAUGCCCCUCGUGGCAGGCUGCCUACUUGGCAUACCCAUCCAAAUCUAUAUUCUGCACAAAAUUCCCACCUCUCCUCAUCCAGCCCCAUGAACGUGCACUAGGUCCUCCUCUUCCUUCUACUGACAGUUGCCAUGAGCUAGUCACAUGUAAGGUUAUUGAUCCAGCAAACCCAAACACGGCCCUUCGCUGCCGGAUCCCCCAAGAAACGGUCGAGAUGAAGUUUAUCGGCUCUUCCUAUGGUAAUCUCAUCUACUACUGCGACGGAUGCUGUCGCAUCGUCGAUGUGUUCACUGGUGUGGAGGUCUCAACUCCACGUCUCCCAUCCAGUGCUGGAUAUUUCAAAUUCUUCCUGAAGGGCAUUCUAACAGCCCCCCUUGCAUCACCCAACUCACAUCUUCUUGUCAGUACCAGGUCCUCCCUGUUAGAUUUGCCUGUUGGAAGUGACUCUUGGUCUGAAGUCCAGCUUCGUCGUACGUUCGAAAUAGACGAGAUUGUGAAAUUCAAUUGCCAGUUCAUUGUCUCGAAUGGCCAUGCGAGCUUCUACACUGUGCAGCUGGUCCCUCGGCUUGGUCUGCAUUUGAUGACAACCAAGUUCCAUGACACGAUUAAACUCGUGCGUAAGGAAGGGCGGGCGGUGUUUGGAAGGCUGUUGGUUUGUGGCGACAUGUUUCUCAUGGGCGAUGGUGCUCGCAGUUUCUACCGCCUCGACAUGUCAACCAAGCCUGCAACAUGGAUGACUGUGGAGAAUCUGAACAACUGGGCACUCUUUACAGGAGGGGGACCGACACCCUCUUGCAUGAGCCCGGAACUAUGGGGAGGGAAGAGCAACGCUAGGUACUUUGCUGAUAUAUUUCAACCUUGGUCUCUCUAUGGGCUCUGUGGCGAGCCAGAUCCCGUGCAGGAUACACGCCCCAUCAAUGUCGAUAUUCUCAUUCCUGAUGUGGCCCCGUCGGCAUAG